CUCUCGCUUUAUCAGUCCUCAGGAUGGGCAAAUUGGAGGGAUUGAGGACGCUGCGCCGCCAACAAGAAUAAUUCACUCGUUUUCGGAGAGACGACACGACUAGCGGAUAUCUUGGCUCCACUAUGCAAUACGUUCGCCUGGGUCGAUAAUUUACGCUAUUUUUAGGAGCAGUUUGCAUUUAUUACAUGUGAAGUUCAAUGCUGGAAUAUAAUUUUUAGUACGGAAUGUUUUCUUGUGUUUGGAGCGUUUUUGUGUGUGAAGAACCUGCAGAGCAACUUUUGGAGCAAAUUACGCAUACGCAGAGGAUGGUGUUUUACAUGUAGAGUGAAAGUUUCGCUCUGCGCUCUGUUGGGUCAUUAUUGUAUUACAUUUUUGUAUGUUUUCUGCUUUGCUAACUAUAUUCAAGAACAAAAUAGGUUUAAAGUCCUGGACUGCAGGAGAAAUGGCCAGCGAACUGAAACCACGGCUUUGUAUCAUGACAAAGAGUGAGAACGGGUAUGGGUUUCACUUGCACGGUGAGAAGGGGAAGAACGGCCAGUUCAUUCGCAAAGUUGAGCCCGCGUCGUCCGCCGAAGCUUCGGGGCUGCGCCUGGGGGACCGUGUCAUUGAGGUGAACGGGGAAAUGUGGAGAAAGAUACGCACCAUCAAGUGGUGCAGAGGAUCAAGGCGGUGGAGCAUGAGACCAGGCUGCUGGUGGUAGACCGGGAGACGGACGAGUACCUCCGCAGCCUGCGCCUCGUCUGCACCGAAGAGAUGGCUGUCCAUCUGGGGGGACCCACCUCGGUGUCCCCUGCCUCACCCCCAGCCUCACCACCCCCCUCCUCGCCCCCGGCCUCCUCGCACACAGCCAAGAGAGAGAACGGCUCUGUGUCCAAGCUGCCCACUACCCUGACCAGAGAGGUACCCAAGCCCACGCGAAGGUCUCCGUCGCGGGCCGCCAAGAAGGAGGCUCUGGCCCAUGUUAAUGCCCAUGCCCAGGUGGCGCGGACACCAGUGGACCCAUCGGAGCUGUUCCCCAGACUGUGCCAUCUGGUGCGGGCCGAGACUGGUUACGGCUUCAACCUGCACAGUGAGAAGUCCCGGCCGGGCCAGUACAUCCGCUCCCUGGACCCUGGGUCUCCAGCCGACCACGCCGGGCUCAGACCACAGGACAGACUCAUAGAGGUGAAUGGGGUGAACGUGGAGGGCAUGCGUCAUGCGGAGGUCGUGGCCUUCAUAAAGAGAGGAGGAGAUGAGACCAGGCUGCUGGUGGUGGACCCUGACACAGACCAUCACUUUAAGAAGAUGGGUGUCACCCCAUUGGCCAGCCACGUUAAAGACUUUGACGGUCCGUCCAUAUCCAACGGCUCCCCAGUCCUCAGAUCAACGGCAGCUUCACCAGCAGCUCCAUCCAGUCACACCACUCUGACCUGAGCAGUCCAGACAACAGCCUGCAGCUGGGAGAGGACGAGGCGAGCCGUCUGAUGGACCCGUUUGCUGAGAUCGGCCUGCUCCUGAGUCCCACUGCGGCUGAGGCCAAAGAGAAGGCCCACGCCAAGAGAGCCAAGAAGAGAGCCCCUCAGAUGGACUGGGACAAAAAACACCAGCUCUUCAGCAACUUCUGAACUUUUCUGCCACCCAAUGAGAGAAGCAGAAAGACUGUCGAAUUUGACAUAUCUGAAACUUACCUUCAACAUUC